UUACGUCAUGAUAAAAUAAAAAUGAUGAUGACAGCUAGAAUUUACUUUACCACACAAUUAAAAGUGCUAGAGAAUAAACGAGUGAAGAAUUUAAAAAUGUAAACUAUUUAACCAACAUGGCAAAUAAUUCAGAAGUUUUUAUUUGUCUUAUAGUGUUGAUUUCAAUAGUGUUCCUCUAUUUUGUGAAUAGAACUGUUCUUAACACUGAAUUGGUUCAAAAUCCUCCAGAAGAAUAUAGCUGGAUAAUACAUGGGAUUAGGAAUAUUUUAGGAUAUGCGACAUUAUUCCUACCAGGUUAUUUAGUUCUUAGGUAUGUACAGAAAACAAAUUAUAUCAACAAAAGUGGCAGAGGACUGAUUGGAGCUAUUAUAAGAACAUGUUUCGGUGAAGAAGAUACCUUACCAGUGACUACAAACGUACAUUCCCCUCAUCAAGAAAGAACCCUUUUACAAGAUGGGCUCCUACUUUUGUUUUAUUUUUUCGGUCUCCAGCUUUCCUACUUACUGUGGGGUGUUCUUCAAGAAAAAGUCAUGACACAAGCUUAUGAGAGCUCCAGCAAAGACAUUGGAUACUUUAAGGAUUCUCAAUUUCUAGUUUUUGUUAAUCGAAUUUUAGCGUUCCUAGUGUCUGCAUGCAUCUUACUAUGUAAGAGACAACCUAGGCAUAAAUGCCCUUUGUAUAAAUAUGUGUUUUGCUCAUUUUCUAAUAUUAUGAGUUCUUGGUGUCAGUAUGAAGCAUUAAAAUAUGUUUCAUUCCCUCAUCAAGUACUUGCCAAGGCAAGUAAAACAAUUCCAGUGAUGAUAAUGGGAAGAUUUAUGUCUAAAACAAAAUAUGAAUAUUAUGAGUAUGUGACUGCUGUAAUUCUCUCACUUGGAAUGUUAUUAUUUAUGGUUGAUACAGGUAAUGAUAGAUCAAAUUCAACUGUUACUACAUUUUCUGGUGUGAUACUUUUGUGUUCUUAUAUAGCAUUUGAUAGUUUUACUGCAAACUGGCAAGGAAGCUUAUUUAAGACAUAUGAAAUGAAACCAAUUCAAAUGAUGUGUUUUGUAAAUUUUUUUUCUAGUAUAUUCACUGCUGUGUCUCUUCUUCAACAAGGAGGAUUCUUGCAGAGCCUCAACUUUAUGAUUAAAUUUCCCUCUUUUACACUUGAUGUAAUAGUGCUUUCCUUGUGUAGUACAUGUGGCCAGUUAUUUAUUUAUAAUACAGUGUCCACUUUUGGGCCAUUAGUAUUUGUGAUUAUUAGCACCAUAAGACAGGGUUUUUCAGUACUUCUUAGUUGUAUUAUAUACCAUCACCAUGUGUCUAUAUUUGGUGCUAUAGGACUUUUACUAGUCUUCUUAAGUAUAUUUCUUAGAACUUACUGUGGUUAUAGAAUUAAAUCUCAGAAGCAACUACACCAAAGUACUGUUAAGAUUAAGAAUGAUGAUAAUUGAAAUAGUCAAUCAAAAAAGAAAAAUAGCAGCUGUAAUACAUUAAAAAUUAAAGAUUACAUAUCAGCCAGUCAGUUAUGCAGAACAACUAUUAAAUAUUUUCAGUAGACUUUAGUUGUUUUCUAUUUUAUUGUGAUGCUCACUGUGUCAUAGUUUUUAAAUUCUACAUUGUUGAUUAAUUUUAACUAAGUAGUUUGGUUAACAAAAUAUUCCAAAUUUUUAAAACUGAUUUGGAUCUCCAUAAAAAUAGGCAAUUUUUAAUCUUAAAAAUAUAAACAUUUUAACAAUCAGUGAGAAUAAUCCUUUAGAACUUCCAUUUGGCUGACCUACUACAAUUAUUUAUUAUUUAUAUUUUGGGAAAAAUUAAUUUGUAGAUUAAUGUUUAUUAGACUGGGCCAAAAAAAUUGACUAUUUUUUUUUUAAUAUAUCGAGAAUGUCAUUCAGGAUGACAAAAAAAAAUUUCGUAAAAAUUUGAGCCCUUAAUAUUAAUUUUAAGAGGCC